AUGUUCAUGAUAGAUUGGUUUUAUGGUGUUCUCGCUUCGCUAGGGUUAUGGCAGAAAGAGGCUAAGAUCUUGUUUCUGGGGCUCGAUAAUGCCGGUAAAACAACCUUGCUUCACAUGUUGAAAGACGAGAGAUUGGUACAGCAUCAGCCUACACAACAUCCAACAUCUGAAGAACUUAGCAUUGGUAAAAUCAAGUUUAAGGCUUUUGAUUUGGGUGGUCAUCAGAUUGCUCGUAGGGUUUGGAAGGAUUACUACGCUAAGGUGGAUGCUGUGGUCUACCUAGUGGAUGCUUACGACAAAGAGAGAUUUGCAGAAUCAAAAAAGGAACUCGACGCACUUCUCUCAGAUGAAUCUCUAGCAAACGUUCCAUUCCUCAUACUAGGAAACAAAAUCGACAUACCGUAUGCUGCAUCAGAGGACGAGCUCCGUUACCAUCUCGGCCUCUCCAACUUCACAACGGGAAAAGGUAAAGUGAAUCUAACGGAUACGAAUGUAAGACCAUUGGAGGUUUUCAUGUGCAGCAUUGUCAGGAAAAUGGGUUAUGGCGAAGGCUUCAAAUGGGUCUCUCAGUACAUCAAGUAA